AUGAUAAUAGCGAGUGACACAACAACGCCAGAACCAAAUACAACAUUUACGACAGAAGAAACUUCUACUGCUACACUAAGGAACACAAUAACUACGAGUAGCACAUCAACGAAAGUAUCUGGUACAACAGAUACGACAGAAGAAGAUACUUCUAAAACACUAGGGAACACGACAACAACGAGUGAAACGUCAACGACAGAAUCUGCUACAACAGCUACGGCAGAAGCAGAUACUUCUAAAAGAGUACGGAGCACGAUAACAACGAGUGUAACAUCAACGGCAGAAUCUGCUACAACAGCUACGACAGAAGAAGAUACUUCUAAAACACUAGGGGGCACGACAACAACGAGUGAAACAUCAACGACAGAAUCUGCUAUAACAGCUACGACAGAAGAAGAUACUUCUAAAACACUAGGGAGCAUGAUAAAAACGAGUGAAAUAUCAACGACAGAAUCUGCUACAACAGCUACGAUAGAAGAAGAUACUUCUAAAACACUAGGGGGCACGACAACAACGAGUGAAACAUCAACGACAGAAUCUGCUACAACAGCUACGACAGAAGAAGAUACUCCUUAUACUCUAGGAAUCAUGAUAUCAACGACAAGACGCGGUAAAACUGUUACAGACGUAGGAUCAAGUACUUUUACAGACGGACCGACAACAUCAGCAACAGGAACGCCGACCGCUACUAUUGGGAUGCCGGAAGAAUCCGGAACUGCCACUAUGAGCUCGGGCUUCUCUCCCGUGAAAGUAGAUGGCGUUUCAACUACACCAACGGAUGGACCCACCUCUUCCGGUUCAACAGAGGAGGUUACAACUUCGACGACGUCAGGAGACACAUUAUCGACAACGGAUUCAACUAUACCUAUUGAUGUCGCAUCUAAAACAGGAAUUAAAACACAUAGUGAUGUAUCAACUACUUUCUCAACCACUGUAUCUUCGGAAGAACCCCGAACGUUAUCCGUAGUUGACAAAUCUACCACACUUGCAGAACCAACUACAGAAGAAUCGUUCGUGACUCCAUCGACUACAAUAAAAGAAGAAGCAAUCACUCCAGAUAAAGACACUAUAAUACGUAAGAAAAUAAUAACGGAAGAAAGUAAGCCGACUACAGCAACGGAAUCUGUUUCAACUACUACGGAAGAAAAUAAAGUAACAUCUGCUGACAAGCUUGGAGCUGACGAUGGUCGGCAAAUAAAUUACGGUGUCUACGGAUACCUGGCUCUGUCUCUCCUGUUGGCUGCUAUUGUCAUCUGGAUCAGCUAUAUGAUAUACACUAGGCAUCAAGCCAACAGUUAUGUUUUACCACCGCCUGCCCCAGAGGCUACGCCACUCAACCACAUCACAACUGCCGCGUAGUCAUGAAGGAGCAUAAAGUAUAUUGUAUUAUAA